UAGGGUUUCCAUAUGUAGCCCAUAUCCAUAGCUAUAUCUCUGACAAUUCUGAAGCCAAGUGGGCCUUUAAAUUUUGAUCUGUGAAAAAAAACGAAGCAGCUGGGGCUGGCACUUGGCUCAGAAACUCGGUGAAAGUCUAGCGUUUAAGUUUUGUGUAAGAUGUCGCAACAAAAUUCAGUGUAGAAUCUCGUAAUUCAAAAUUUAGUUCGUGACGCACGCACACACACGCAGACAGGCCACAAGAAGCACACAGACGACAGGGAAGUAGACGGCAACCAGGUUGCAGAUUGCAAGCAGUACCGCCCCCAGCCCCCCAUAGUACCGCCACGUUCCACCCUUUCCAAGGCAGUCGAUAGCAGGAGGAGCAUCCGAACCGGAUCAUCAUGUCGCAGCAUCAGCAUCCCAUUCUCUCCGAGGAAACCGCUCUCAGAUUGUUGAACGGUGUAGUGGCCACCGGCAAUUCCACGCCCCUCAGCGCCGUACCGACAUCGCCGCCUACGCCACCGCCCACUCUGGUUGAAGGACAACAACUGCCCGAGGCCAGUUGCUCCACGGCAUUGGUCGGCGGUGGACAGGAGAGUGUCCACUCGCAUGCUUUUAGAACUGAAUGGAAUGGAAUUGAUGAAGUGGCCACCGACAAUGCCACACCCCUUAGCGCUGUACAGACACCGCCAUCCACGCCACCACCCAAUGAUUUGGAGGCCAGUUGCUCCACGGAAUUGGGCGAAGGUGGACAGGAGAGUGUCCACUCGGCGAACGAGUAUGGCCACUCGUGCCGCAUCUGCCGCUGGAACCGCAGCGACAUGGAGAUCAUUAGCUGUCCUUGCAACUGCAGGGGUAGCGUGGGCUUCAUCCACCUGAAGUGCCUAAAGCGGUGGAUCAUGCACCGGCGGGACAAUCGCUGCGAAGUCUGCAAUGCUGUGUACGACAUCUCCGAGGAGCGGGUGAGCCUGAAGCAAAUGCUGCGGACUUUCUGUUGCGGCCGCUGCUGUGGCCUGAUCGUGAAGCACCUGCUGUUCAGCGCCUCGUUAAUGCCCCUGGCCCACAUCAUUCUGCAGCAGGUGCUGCAGUGUAUGGAUAAUCUGAACCAGGGCAGCACCGAGCAACUAACCGUACAGGAGGUAUUCGUCGCCUCCUGUGCCCUGCUCACAUCCAGUGCCCUAUUCUUCCACUUUUUCGAGUUCGUGACGACGCGCUGCCUCCUCAUCCGGAACAUAUUGCGCCACUGGUGGAUGUUUGGCAGCACCUCCGACUUUUCCCUGGUCGAGUUCGAGGACGAUUCCAUCGAUCUGUUCUGAUCGCCGCCAGGAGAGAGUGUAUCCACUAUCCAUAAUAUCCGCAGGGCCAAGCUAUCAGGGAUGCAGUGCCGCAGAGCCAAGUGACUAAUCAAGCGGACUCAGGAGUUUCAAAUUUCGAGUAUUCAAUAAAAAUGCAAAUCUUUAAAAGCAA